UGAAACUACGAAGACAGAGAAUGUUUACAGGGCUGACAUUACUGUUUUUCAUCUGGGUGGUGUACUUGUUUCUAACUGUGUACACAGGUGCCCUUUCUUUCUCAACGUCAUACGAAGUCAACGUUCGCCAAAUAAGAGAAGAAAUACUCAAGUCUAUCAAACUGAACUCCUAUAAUUCAACAGAACUUGGAGAACUGCAAAGGCUACAAAAGGCCAUUGAAGAACUCUCCAAGAACUCAAGAGUUGUGAAGGAUAUAAUGGCCACCCAGUGAGGAUUAAUGUGUCGGCACUUACAACAGAGGAAAAACUUCAGUAUGACCAAGGGUUGGAAAUGUACAAAGUCAACAAGUUCGUCACAGAUCGAAUUCCACUGAGGAGACAGAUCAAUCUUAAAAUGCCUGAGUGUUCGGGACUGCACUACGACGUGAGCAGUCUACCUAAGGUGGGCGUGGUUCUCAUCUUCCACAAUGAGCUGUGGUCGGUGCUGCUACGAGCUGUGUACAGCAUCCUAGACGCCGGGCCAGAGGAGCUCAUCUCAGAGAUCGUGUUGGUGGACGAUGCUUCCGACAAAGGGUGGCUGGAACCUUUGCUGCAAAGAAUCAAAGAGGACGACUCCGUUUUGGCCGUUCCUUCGACUGACAGCAUCGACUGGAAAACGUUUCAGUUUAUAUUCAAGAAGAAUCUGCAACAAAAUCGUGGCGGCACCGACUGGGAUUUGAAUUUCAGCUGGAUCUCUCCAGGCGUAGUGGAUGGUGUUGAGCGCAAAACUCUUUCAGAUCCCGUAAAAUCUCCCACACAUUUAGGCUGCUGUUUUGCUGUUUCAAAGCGUCACUUUGAGCGGGUUGGACGGUAUGAUCCGGGCCUACAGAUAUGGGGAUGUGAAAAUUUAGAGCUCUCGUUUAAGAUCCUUAUAACCUCAAGCUAGUCAAGAACUGCCUACGAGUGGCCGAAGUCUGGCUAGAUGAGUACAAGCAAGUGUACUUCGAGAGGAUUGCCAACUUUCAGAAAAAGUUGGACUACGGUGAUGUUAGCGAAAGAAAAGCCCUGCGAGCUAAGCUUCAGUGUAAGUCGUUUCACUGGUACCUGAAGGAAGUCUACCCGGACCUGUACAUUCCUGACAGAGCCAGAACUUCUGGGAACAUCAAAAGCGUUGCUGAUCCGUCACUGUGUGUCACCAGAGGAGUGCGAUGGGAGAGUUACGGCAAGCAAGCGACGCCGGCAUCGUGUCGAUACCAGGACCAAACACAGGAGAAUCAGAUCUUGCACCUCCCGUCGGGAAAUUGCCUGACUCUCUCCAAGGACAAAGUAGAGAUACUCCUUCUUGAUUGCUCCGAAGAAGACAAGCAGCAGCAAUGGACGUGGCCACGAAAAACGCUUCGACUCCCUAAAUAGUACUGAUGCCAGUAGUUUAGCCCAUCGUCUUUCUUGAUUGAAGCUGGUUUACUUUAGGGGGUUUUUGUGCGUAUGUUUGCCUAUUUCUUGUUUGCCUUUCUUGAUGAUCACUGAAUGCUACAACAGUAUGCACUGAGAAAAAAAUAUAUAUAUAUUACAUGAAGUUUGGAUACUUGGAACUUAAAAAUGUCUUUGAAAGUGACGGAAAAGGUGGUGAAGUUGUGAGCGUGUUUUCUGGCUGUUUGUGUGACUUGUUUUUGUUUGUUUGUUCGUUUGUUUGUUUUUGGAGAGAAUGAGUACGCGAGUUAAUGAUGGAUAUACUGAAACACAAAAUAUUGUGAAUGAGUGCUGUGAUAUUGAUUCGUCUCAACUGUGGUAUCACAUAAUGUUAUAACUCGUGUGCUGUGGACUAAUGUUCACACAUCAUGCAUUUAUUAGUAUUGUCCAUAGACAUAGUGUGUUGUACAGGUUGUUCCCAAACGUCGCACACUAUUCUGGUUUUCAUCAAAAGCGUAAAGAGGGUUUUCAGGAUGUUGCGCGAUUUUUGGGGCACCCUCUGUAUACCUACCGUCUCAUUGUAUCAUAACAUAUGUGCCUUCCCACGUGUCCCACAUGAUGCAUUUUUGUAGCAUACCUCGUGAAGCAUAUUAUGACGUUUUAAAUAAAUCCUGACAAUGUGGUCAUUAUGCGGUUGUCAGUUUGUUAGGCUAUAUUAUUAUAGUUCGAAGUAGAAAUAAAUGUACGAGCGCUGUGA